AUGAACGGACACAGCAUGACGUUACCUCAAAGUGGGUCUACCAAGGCGAUGACAAAUUCCCACUACACUGGGAUGUCCCUGGAUCAUCAAUUUCUGAAUGCUGAAUCUGAAGGAAUUUCCAAGGCCAGUGGAUGGUCAUCUUCAUCCCCAUCCCCAUCCCCAUUUAUCCGGGAGGAACCACUCAGUUUGAAUCUUUCGCGAGAAUCUACCUUUCAAUCUCACAAAACCUGUUCAGAAUCAAGCCCAUGUAGUCCUCUCUCUCUGGCUUCUCAUGUCCAAACUCCAAAGAGCACAUAUUCACGAUCUUCAGUGUUCUGUACUAGCUUAUACCAGUCAUCUUCUUCAACUUCUGAAGCCCACAAGCACCUACGGAAUCUGCCAUUUCUUCCACAUCCUCCAGCAUACAACCAAUCUGUUUCUGCUGUUGACUCAAAAUCUUCAUCUAUCUUCAGUGAGGACAUUAGUAAUUUGGAUGAUGAAAAACAUACAGAGGCUCUUAUGACGGACUUCUUGGGUUUUCCUGGAGAUACUUCUGAUGGUAGCUUCAGUGGCAUGGACUGUGCAAGUGACAACUUAAUGCUAACAGAGCAAUUGGAGCUACAGUAUUUGUCCGAUGAGCUUGAUCUUGCUAUAACUGAGAAUGGAGAAAUCCCAAAGCUUGACGAUAUCUAUGAAGCACGGCAACCACCAUCGAAGCAAGGAACGGGAUUGGUUUGCCACCAAAAGUGCCUUUCCCCAUUGCCAGCCAUUGAUUCUCUUUCUAGUCAGCCAUCUUCUGGCCCUGCCGCAGCACACAAGCCAAGAAUGAGAUGGACGCCAGAACUUCAUGUGCGUUUUGUGGAUGCUGUCAAUAAGCUUGAUGGGGCUGAAAAGGCUACCCCUAAGGGAGUAUUGAAGCUUAUGAAUGUUGAAGGUUUGACAAUCUACCAUGUAAAAAGUCACUUGCAGAAAUACCGUUUAGCGAAGUACAUGCCAGAGAAAAAGGAAGAGAAAAAAGGUUGCAGCUUUGAGGAAAAGAAAGCAAUGUCUUGUGGCAAUGAAAGUGAUGGAAGAAGAAAAGGGAGCACGCAGAUUACAGAGGCCUUGCGCAUGCAGAUGGAAGUUCAGAAACAGUUGCAUGAGCAGCUUGAGGUGCAAAGAGCACUUCAGUUACGCAUAGAAGAUCAUGCGAGAUACUUGCAAAAGAUUCUGGAGGAACAGCAGAAAGCUGGUGUCGUCCUGACCUGCCCUCAAAAGAUGUCUUCCUCAGAGGAUCCAUACCCAGAAAGUGAACUGCUACCGCCUUCUCCAACCAUUGCUGCUUCGCUGCCUGGGCCAGCUGAAUCCAAAUACAAUCCCGGAGUCCUAUCACUUAAGAACAAGGCUAGUGAAAACAGCAGCAUCGAAUCACAUGAGUGCCAGCAGAAGAGGAUUCGGAUGGAUGAAAAGGCUGAAUCCACUUCAGUUUCCGACGAGGCUGUUGUUGAGAAUCCAAGUGAGGUGACUCAAAUUCAAAGUCGCUAGUCCUCUCAUUCCUUAAACCCCUGUAAAUUUUAUUGAUUUCUUGUAGACGAGUUGUUUAAUGAAUUUGCUUGAAUGAACACUACUUAUUCUUCAGCAUCUGUAGGCAGUUAAAAUAUACAUUUUAAAAAUGUAUUGCUGCCAAACUCAUUUGGCGGACUCUUUCUUAGUACAUAUAGCAAGUAGUGAGUGGAUUGAUCGAAA